GGAUUAUGAUGGGUUUUACAUACCGCGGGAGGUUUGGGGAGGUGCGGAUCCCACGAGUCCCUCAAUUAAGGCCGAGCCAGCCAUGCUGUUUGUUAUCAAACACACCGCUGGGGAGACUUGCACCAAUCAAAAACAGUGUAGUAAAGUGGUGAGGGAGAUCCAGAAGGAGCACAUGGAGGUGCUGGGGUUUGCAGACAUCAGCUACAAUUUUCUGGUUGGAGGUGAUGGAAAAAUUUAUAACGGGCGUGGCUGGGGGGUCCAGAACGAGGGCAGGAAUGAUAGUCUGGACGUGGCCUUUAUGGGGAACUUUAACGUCGACGAUCCGACGACAAAAAUGAUGAAUGCAGCCCUCCGCAUUCAGAUCACUGGCCAAUCAGCUGGUCAGGUCAAGUAUGGGAAGUACCGGGUGAUGAAUCAUAAUCAGACGGAGCCUACGGAUAGUCCAGGAAAGCGGCUAUUUGCUAAAACCAUUUCCAAUUUGAACUAUUAUAGUGGUGCUGUUUGUUAUCAUAAUGCUUCGGGGCAAGUGGUCAUCGACUACGACUGUCCUUGAUGAUCGGAAGCUGAAGCAAAAGAUUCUUGGGAUAUUCAACAUAUUCCAUGAUUAAGUGAUUUUUCCGAGAAGGCGGAAUAUUUAGUGCCUUUUCUGUAUCAGAAUUUUAGGAAUUAUUUCAAUAAAUCUUCUGGGGGUUUUUCCAUACGUUCAAUACUAUGGAAAAGCCCAUUAGCCAGCACACGUCAAGGUGCAAAUGCUGCAGGGCUGACGGGUGGUUGUGGAGCCCGAUUAAAGUUAUCAAUAAAACCCAAAUAGAAUAA